AUGUCUGUCUCCAUCCCCACUCCAUCUCUAUCCCCAUCUCUGUCUCCAUCUCCAUCUCUGUCUUCAUGUCCAUGUCCAUGUCCAUCCCUAUGUCCAUCUCUAUCUCCGUCUCCAUCUCCAUCUCCAUCUCCAUCUCCAUCUCCAUCUCCAUCUCCAUCUCCAUCUCCAUCUCCA